CACGUGAACACUCUCCUCAUGUGACAAAGGAAAAAACAGGAACAAAAUGGCUGCAACUGGCGACGAGGCCGCUGCCAUGGAUAGCAUCUCCAGGGUACCAUCGGCCCAUUCAGCGGCUCUGAACCCGGUUGGAAGCACCAGCAGUCACGCAGACGGCCCGGAGGAUUUGGCGGAAAGCCCGGCGGUCGCUCCCAAAAAGCCCAGCGCAAACAGUGAUGGUGGUGUGGAGACAGCAGAGGAGGCUGUGGAGCCUGCAGAGCCUGAUAUCAAUGAGUUGUGCACUGAUAUGUUUGAAAAGAUGGCCAUCUUCCUGCAAGGAGAACUAACAGGAACUUGCGAGGAUUACCGUCUGUUGGAGAACAUGAACAAGCUUACCAGUCUGAAGUACAUGGAAAUGAAGGACAUCAGCAUCAACAUCAGCCGUAACCUGCAGGAUCUCAACAACAAGUAUGCUAGCCUACAGCCCUACUUGGACCAGAUAAAUCAGAUUGAGGAGCAAGUGUCUUCACUUGAACAGGCUGCCUACAAACUGGACGCAUACUCCAAGAAACUGGAGGCCAGAUUCAAAAAACUGGAGAAGCGAUGAGGGGGAAGAAGAGGCAGACAGAGUUAUGGUGCCUUCUCAUCUUCUUUAACGCAGCCUCGCCUUCUCCUCUCCCUGCCAGCGGAGCCAGGAGCUGUGGGGAGGAUGUAAACUGAGACUGAAACAACAAACAGUCAGAGCCACUUUGACAUUUAGAAACAACCAAGGAGGAAGCAGCAGAAGGCUCAGGCUCUAGGCUUAGAUUUAACUCCACUAUCACUGAUUUUGGCAGCAGUCGUGCAGCCAAGAUGUACAAGAGUGUAUGGUGUAUACCCACAUUCUUUUGCUGACACACUGAAGUGAAUAAUUAAAUCCUAAUUGAGUGGCGGGAUCAGAAUAUAAUAAUUUACUACUACAAACGAACCACAGCAGAUUGGCAGAGACUUGUACCACUGGAGUACAUAACAACACUUUUGUCAUAUGAAGAUAUGUACAUGAUGCAUGCUCAUAGAUGUGUAUUUAAUAAUGUCCCAGCCCUCUUAUUCUGAUCAUAGACAGAUAUAUUUCCACCCAGUAAUAGUAGCCUGACAUGUACAUUUCUUUGGGAUUCUUUGUUGUUACACAUUUAUAUGUCAAGGCAGUGUGAACAGUACCACAAACUGGUUAAUUUAUAGAGAGAGAGUUUACUACAACAACAGCUACUGUGUAGAGAGCUGCUGAAAAUCACAUUAUCUCAGCAGAGUGAGUUUAAAGUUUGCAAUUUAAAAUGAAAGAUAUUUGAUAUGAAUGAAUUAUUGUAUUAUGUCUAUCUGUAGAUAUUGAAAAUGAAAACUGGAGUUAAAAAAAAACAAAAAUAACCAUGAUGUGCAUAUCAUUGCAUGACUGUUUCCUUAAAAUGGACCUACUACUGACAGCAGAUGGCAGACCUGCACCAUGAUAGGGACUUCAACUGAUGUAUAGUGGAUGUAUCAAAUAUUGUAUAGCUCUGGAAAAUCUGACCAAGUGCUGAAGGAAGUUUAAGUUUCAACCUUCUCAGAAGAAGACAAACUCCAGGAAGAGUGACCAACAGAAGGAAACAGAUGACACGUAUUUGACAAUUCAAAGGAAAGGGUGACUAAAGAUGUGUGUGAUGCCCUCUG